AUGGAGAAAAUUGACGGUGAUUACAAAUUAUCUACCAAAACUCAAGAUAAAGCAUAUUUCCACUCAGAUACUCAUAUUAAUCUCGCAGCAACAUAUGUCAAGCAAAUACUUGUUGUAAUGAUUAAAAAGAUUAUUGACAGUAUUGAAGUUUAUCAGAAAGCUGGCUCUGGUUGGUAUUUUAAAGAAGUAGUUAAUCUUGAAAUGCACACUGUUGAUUACAAACCGAUAAGGGGCUCGUCUUACAUUCCACUUCCAGAUUUUAUUAUGAGAAAGAAAGCAAUAAUCAACCUUCAAAACCGUGACAACAAAUGUUUUCUUUGGUCAGAUACUUAGAUAUCUUCAUCCAGCGAAUCGUUAUGAAAAUCGACUGACAGAUUUGAAACAAUAUGAAAAUGAUCUUAAUACCAAGGGUAUUGAUUACCCAGUCAAACUAAAAGAUAUCACCAAGUUUGAAUCCCUUAAUCCAUCACUGUCAGGAAUUAAUGUAUUUUCAAUUAAUGAUAACAACAAGUUUUAUGCUCUUAGAAUGGCGCAGCGAAACCCCCAGCAAACAAUCGAUUUGUUUCUUCACGAAUGUGAUGGUAAAUAUCAUUAUUCACUCAUUAAAAACUUUUCACGAUUAUUUAGAUCUGAAAUAACGUCAAGGACAAAUGGUGUACUCCAUAUUUGCAAGAAAUGUUUUACUCAUUUCUCAAAAGAGGAUCUAUACGACAAAUAUAUUAAAUAUUGUUCAUCCAAUGAAACAGUUGCUGUGAAAAUGCCUUCAAGAAACACGAAGUUGCGUUUUGUUAAUUACCACAAACAACUUCCAAUCCCUUUUGUAGUUUAUGCUGAUUUUGAAUGUUUUACCAAACCAAUGAGCACUUGUAGCCCCAAUCCAGAAGAUUCUUAUACUUACAGCUAUUAG